UGGGUUGGAGUUACGAAUGUGAAAUAUUCAUUUAUAAAAAUGGCUGAAGUUUGUUUCCUUUUCUUAGAAGUCUUUAGGUUCUUCAUAAAUUUUGCGCCUUUUCUAUGAAGUUCUUUAAUAACAUAGUUGCCGCCAGGCGUGAUCCGCGCAGGAGUCCUCGCAUUCUUUCCAGUUUUCCAGAGUCCAUUCCGAUUUCAGAUUUUAAGAUGGCAACUCACCCGCAAUGCCGUCUGGGUAAGGAGAAAGCAAACAUGGCGUACAGAGACGAGAUUGAUGAUGCAUUUGAUGCUGCUGUUUUCCUGGAGGAAAGAUGUUAUGAGAGUGGUUAUAAGGAAGGUUACAAGGAUGGAAAAUUGAAGGGUCUGCAAGAGGGACGUCACUUGGGUUUGAUGAAAGGCUGUGAAGUUGGUGGCGAGGUUGGAUUUUAUCUUGGAUUUGUUUCAAUGUGGCAUGAGAUUUUGCUGGAAAGUCCUGAUGCAAAACAAAGGUGCACUAAAUUGUUAGAAACUCUAAAGAAGAAGAUCUUGGCUCUACCUAUUAAUGAUGUCAUGAAUGAGGAGUUGUUUGUUAAUCUUGAGAAUAUACGAGCCAAGUUUAAACAGGAGUCAGUGCAGAGUACAGAGGUGGUAGUAUGCCUGGACUGUCCUUCUGAAAAUGAAAGUCUUACCAGCAGAAAAGAGUGUGGCAGAGAUGGAAUUCAAGUCACUUUGAGGUUCUUGAAUGAUUUGAGAAAGAAAAAAGAAGAGACUCAUUUUGCUCUGUAGAGCAGGCUCAGGGAGAUGCUGCUUGAGUGAUGGCACUGUUUUCACACUUAUUCUAACUUACAGUUCUGGAGAAAAUUAAGAGACUGAUCUCAGUCUAUAAGUGUGCACUUUCUGUUCAGUAGCUAGAUACAAACAGCUCUGUGUUGCAGGAUUUUAGCUUCAGUGAUACUAGUUGAAUCUCUUUUAAGACCUCAUGUAAUAAUAAAGUCAUUUAUGUCCAAAUUAUACCAAACCAUGUUAAUUAAAAUAGUUACUCUGUUC